AUGACCAGAGACAAAGUCUUGCCAUUUUCAGACCCGUCCAGUGCAUCGAUCGGCGGCGACGACAAACCAUGUCCAAGUCUGCUUCAUAGCCUAUUGCGACAUCUACCGGGCCAGCGCCGAUCGAUCCAGGAUCCUGCAGAGACAAAUACAAACAUAAACAUCAAUACUCACGAACGCGUAACCUGGGAUCGCUCAACGUCGGCACCGCCAGCGGGUAGGAGGCGGUCCGUACUGGGAUGCGCUGCCGUUUUCAUGCUCGUCUACAUGGCAGCGGAGUAUUAUAUGUUGGCGCCGACUAUCCAGGAAUACCCGAUGAUUAUUGAGCCGCUGGAUCUGAAUAUUCUCGGUGCAUUAAGCGAUUGGGCCGUGCCCAACAAGCGGCCUGAGUUUACGGAUUUUCUAACCAUGGAAACCCUAGAUCCUGCUCUAUUGCCAGACCACAAGCCAAAUCGCUUUUCGUUUCGCCAUCGGCGAUUGAUUUUUAUUGGUGACGUGCACGGCUGCUUUGAGGAGCUUGAAGAGCUCCUGGACAAGAUCUCUUUGGCCGGUGGAGAUCACUUAAUAUUUACUGGUGACAUGAUCGGCAAAGGCCCCGAGAGCGGCAAAGUCGUUGACCUUGCACAAGAGCUGGGGGCGUCGUGCGUCCGAGGAAACCACGAAGAUCGCAUCUUACUUGUCCGAUUAGAUUUAAAGUCUCGCGACAUUCUCGAUUCUGAAUCUGUGAACGAAUAUGAUCUACCGCAGUAUGAUCAUCACGAUCGCCAAUUAUCCAGGUCUCUGACCGAUGACCAGGCAGCAUGGUUACAAGCGUGUCCUGUAAUCCUCAAAAUCGGACAUUUAAAGGAUAUGGGUGAUAUUGUGGUUGUUCACGACGGGCUGUCUCCUGGUGUGCCUCUCGCGGGACAGGAAUUGACAAGCGUAAUGUCAAUGCCAACCAAGGUUAAGAAAGGCGUCCCAUGGUUUAAAAUAUACAACCAAUUUAACAUGCUCCUCACAUUAGGCCCCAUAGAGCCAGCGCCUUCGUACACCGAACUGACGACAGUGAUUUACGGUGGCCAAUCGUUUGAUAUGCGGCAAUUUACUAGAGGACUGAACUCAGGAUGCGUCGAGGGUGGUGAAUUAAGUGCACUGAUUAUUGAAGAUGGCGGGAAUAGUAGGGUGGUGCAGGUGAAGUGUAAGGAGUAUGUUGAACCUUAA